UUUAGUCGGUGGUAGUAGUACAAAAUCGAAUCAUCCACGUUUGUUUUUGUCAUCGAGAGUAAUUGAUCGCUGUGUAUCUUGCAGUCUCGUAGUAAGAAAUCAGCGUGUCGAAGAUCUGUUCAAUUAUGUAGCAGUCACGAUUGCAUUCAAGGCAAUAUUAUUAAUAAUGACGUCGGACCACAAAGUGCCUUUACUUCUUCUUGAAUGUAAUUCUGUUCGUAUUUUGUUUAAUGAUAUUCAAAUGAACGUGACAAAUGAACAAGUGGACUUAAGAGAGUGACAUUACGUGCGAAGUAAUAAGUUUGAGUAUUCAGAAAAAAAGAAAAUAACAAGUGACAAAUCGAAAACAUCAUAUAGAAAAAUAUUUAAUUAAAUGAAACACUCAAAAAUUAGCAUGGAUCUCGAUAGUUUUAUACAAACGGAAGCACUAGCUUAUGAUAUAAACAUCUACGAUCUAUUAGAUCCGGCGGAUCAUCGUCCUGUGAUAAUCGGCGUAGUGCGAAAAAGAUCGUUUCUUGACUAUACCGCUGACGAUAAAACUAUACAGACCGAUAAAGAGUAUGCAAGUUUUACGAAUGGUUCAAGCAGCAGUGGCUGUGAUGCAGCUGCUGCAGCACAUGAGCGGCUAGAUAAUAAAAUGAUGAAUCACUGUGCUGAAGAUUCUUCUCCUAUGUAUUACAGCGACUUAGUUUCAGGAAUUACCAAACUAGUUAUGGCGUCGCCAAGACCAAAAUCGCCUCGUUCGGGGCCUGUAUCGGCCAAAAAAGAUGAUAAAGAGGAGAGUUUUUGGGAUAAAAUUGGAACUUUGGGUCGCAAAAAACGCAUAAAGGAAGUACAAGAAGUUCAAGAAGAAGGCAAAAAUGCAAUUGAAUCUCCAGGUUUUGCUGCCAAUUUAGAUGUUCCUCCAGAAGAUUAUAAUCUUGAAGAGAAUGAAGAAAGGUCUAUGAUUGCUCCUAAAAGUUUAGAAAAUCCAAAAGUUCAAGAGUUAAUUCAUGUGUUAAUAGAGUGGAUUAACGACGAAUUAGCUGAUCAAAGAAUAAUUGUUAAAGAUAUAACUGAAGAUCUUUAUGAUGGGCAAGUACUUCAAAAAUUACUUGAAAAAUUAACAGGAAAAAAGUUAGAUGUACCUGAAGUGACUCAAUCCGAAGAAGGACAAAGACAAAAAUUGUGUAUGGUUUUAAAUACUGCUAAUAGAGUAUUAGGAUCUUACCCUCCUUACAAAUGGAGUGUUGAAUCAAUCCACUCUAGAAAUAUUGUAGCAAUAUUGCAUUUACUAGUUUGCCUUGCUCGUUUCUUUAGAGCACCUGUCAGAUUGCCAGAACUAGUAUCAGUUCAAAUUGUUGUUGUGACAAAAAAAGAUGGCCAGUUAGUACACAGAAUAGUAAAAGAAGAAAUUACAAGAACAUAUGAUGAUUUGGGAAUGCGUUGUGAGCGUGAUGCAUUUGAUGCUUUAUUUGACUAUGCUCCAGAGAAAUUAGCUGUCGUUAAAAAGUCGUUAAUAACAUUUGUCAAUAAACAUUUGAGCAAAGUACAUUUAGAAGUAACUGACCUUGAUAAUCAAUUCCAUGACGGAGUCUUUUUAAUUCUGUUAUUGGGAUUGUUAGAAGGUUUCUUUGUGCCAUUAGGAAAUUUUUAUUUAACUCCAAAGAACUAUGAACAAAAAGUACACAAUGUUGCUUUUGCUUUUGAGCUCAUGCAAGAAAUUGGAUUGUGUAAACCAAAAGCAAGACCUGAAGAUAUUGUGAAUCUUGAUCUUAAAUCAACAUUGCGUGUUCUUUACAAUUUAUUUUCAAAGUAUAAAGCACUUAAUUAAAAUGACAAAAAUUUAUUCGAUUCUAACUAAGAGGCA